AUGCUGUCGUGCUGCAGGCCACGAAAAGAUGCUACCGGUGAACGAGAGCCUCUGCUUCCAGCCUCAGAGUCAGAAACUGAGCUGCAGCGGAAGGUAAAGCAGAAAUUCCGUCAAUAUGAGAUGUUCCGAGCGUUGUCCGCUGGUUACAUGCCCACAACAGAGCAAGCAGCAGCUCUUCUGCGACUUGUCCUCGUUUCCGAUGUGCUGAACCCAGAUAACCCCAUGCUGAGUCCGAGGGGCGGAAGGAUAGCAAAGGAUUGUCGAGCGUGGACCCGAAUAUUCAUUGCUCUGCUGCGAGAGAAAAACAGUGGCGAUCAGCUACAGGAAAUCAUAAGCCAGUUCAUCCACUCGAACGUUUCUAUAAACACAGCCCAGGUUGCUUCUGCAGCAUCAAAAUCCAAGGCCAGGGCAGAUACUAUUGCUGGUCUCAUAUUGCUGAAUGUCUGUGGCGGACAAGCUAAUUAUCUGAAUAUCAUAGCAUACGAAAGCGUACGCACCGUUGGUAAACUUCUUAUGACCAAUUCGGACUUUCGUCGUUUGAUCGGAGACAUUACCACUAUUGGCCGCAGCAUCUUUUCUGACACCACGGCAUCACUCUCAGACGCUAUAAGUAGGGUCGCAGAGGAGGUGGAGCCGUCGGAAUCACAGAAAAACAGUGUCAAGGCAACAAAUGGCGAUAAUAAACAGGCUCCCACCUCUGAUGAGUUAAUGCAAGAUGGGGAGCAAGUUAUGGAGACUGCGAAGGAAGGGCUGGAGGAUACCGGGUGUGCAGCCAAAAAGAGUGCUGAAACCAACAUAUCCACCGAAGUGCAAGAUUCACUCUUGUACCAGAUGAAAAAGACAGUGGAAGACUUGCGGUUAAGAUCUGAUUACGAUAAAUCCGUGUCAACCAUAUCAGGGCUUGUCCAGCGGUAUGCUGGAAUAUACAUGCAGACCAUAGGAUCCACAGUUGAGGGUGCUUCGGAUGCUUUGGACAUCGACCCAGAGUUGCAUGACGCCAUGAAGAACUUAUGGGAGCUUGCAAGAUCCUUUGGUAGCCAAAAUGAAUGGCAAUCUCUUGAAAGUAAAUUCCAGCAGCUGAUGCAAGGUGCCAAAAGAAGCACUGGAGUUAAUGACACACUUGACCACAUUGGACAAUCCAUUUACAGCCUCUUCACUGACCCCAGUUUCUGGGACUCUGGAGAGGACACCGUGAAGACCCUGAAGGAGAAAGUAAAGGAGACUGAAGGCGACCUGCCGCAACAGGAAUUCAAGGACUUCAUCUAUCAACUCAAGAAAACACUGAUAUCUGUCACCCAGGAUGCCGCUAUUGCGAAACUCAUCACAGCCACAAAGAAAAUUGCACUGGGUAUAUGUGAAGCCUAUCGUAAUGAAGGUAUUCGUCUUAUGGCAGACGCCCUCAACAUCUUCCUCCCUCUAUUAAUUCGAGCUAUCCAAUAUAUCCCCAUACCAAGAUUGGAAAUCUCGGUCCCUCAAAUGGAUCUUCUGCUUGAAAACGUUGUGAUUGAACCAGGUCACACUGUUCACAAUUCUUCGUUUCUUCCAUACCAAGUCCUAGUCACCACAAUAAGCAACAUGGAGCUUCGUAAGACCCAUUCGAAGGAGGCGGUUUCAGGCAUGAAAAACGUCGUUAACGUCACCCUCAAUGGCCUUUGUUUUUCCGCAAAUGAUUUUGGCUACUGGAUAAAAGCACAUAAACCUCCUUUCCCAUCCAUCUUUGACGAAGGAAUCGCUAGUUUCUGCCUUGAUCAACGCGGAAUCGAUGUGUCUUGUGAAUUCGAGGUUGGCAAAGAGCGGUUGGAACAGAUUCUGUCUCUCCGUGCAGUGAGAGUUCAUAUCCAUAAGUUGGACUACUCUAUUGCCAAGAGCCGCUGGUCAUGUAUCUUGUGGGCUCUCAAACCUUUCCUCAAACACAUGAUCAGACGCAGCCUGGAGAAAAUGAUAGCCGAAAAGAUAGUUGGCUAUGCUAGGACAGCAAAUCGAGAACUGCUCUUUGUGAGAGAGCGCCUACGCGCCGCGCGCAUAGCUGAUCCUGACGACUUCCUAACUUUUAUCAGAGCAGUUAUGGCUAGGCUGAGUGGGAAGGCGGACCCAGAUAUAUUCACUAGACUCGGGUUUGACGCUCAGCGGGGUGGUAUCUUCGACGGCGUCUAUGCCCCAGGCAGUCUUGCCAAAGCCUGGCAUGAGGAACAGCAGAGAGCGGACGAGCUUAUUGAAAGAAGCAGCCAGGACAGCCUUAACCAAAGGCCGACUUGGAGGAAUAGUAUAUUCGACGUCCCAGCCAGGGGCCACUAA